AUGAUUUUUCUCCUAUUAUUAUGUUUCCCUAUUCAAAGUUUCACCCAAGAUACCACUCUGACUCCUCCCGUCUAUAAAAUGGUGAAUGUCUUGGGGGCUCCUGACCCGGAGAACAGUUUUCCGAUGAUCUUUUCAACUGGCGUUGCAUGGGAUGAUUGUGUUCAACUGUGUUAUAAUGAACCUCUGUGUGCUUUGGUCUAUGGGAAUAGUUCAUUGAUUUGUGUGCAAUAUUAUAUUGGAGAUGUUUCAACAGUAAGGAAAGACAAGGAAGAGUCCGUUGCUAUGGAGAAAGUGUCGUUCAAGAUCCAAGUAACAACAGAAGAACAAAAAAUGUGCACUUCACUGAAUGCGGUGUUGAAUGGUGCUGGGACUACUGUUCACCAAAACUUGACUAAAAGUUAUCGAAUUGCAAUUUCUGAUGAUUUCUAUAAUAUCACUUAUGAGAAUAAAGGUAUUCCGGAAUGCGCCGCUACGCUUGGGCCGAACAUGAAGUGUAAGACAGGUUGCAACGCAACAAUGGUAAGCUUUCGUGGGUAUUUUCAUCAGCGAAUGGAAAAAACGGGCGCGUUGACUACAAAAUCGUGGUUCGAUUGUUUGAUUCGGUGCUACAAUACUAACUGGUGUUUCCUUGCUGAGAUGAUUGUUCCAACUCAGUGUUAUUUGUACGUAUUGGAUGAAUUUGUACUGCGUACAUUCCCCAAUUUCAAUGUUCAAGAGGUUUCUGAGAAUAAUUCUUAUUUGGCGAUGAAGAUUUUUGCGAUGCCCUCUACACACAGCAAAGCAGAAUUUUAUUGUAGCGGAACAGGAAGUGACGGUUUGAUGACAAUUCCAGAUGUUGCGGGAUUAAAUGAGAUAUCGGAAGUGUUGAAUACUAUAGAUUUUGCAGUUGGAUUUGUUCAUGUUGGAUUAAUGAGAGCCACUGAGAGUAGUCCCUGGGAGUGGAAACUUCCUAAUUUGACAAGAGAUGAUACAGAGUUGGUAAAAGUGCUGAGUAAAGAAACAUUGGAUCAGCCCGGAUUGUACUCAGCAUUGCAUUUUCAAAAAGGAGAACCAUUGGUAUUGCAUUCUAUAACUGAUACGGACGUCGGAAGUGCAUUCAUAUGUCAUUUUAACAACUGA